ACCACAUUUCUAAAAGUUUGUGAAAACAGAUAUAAUCGGAUGAUGACUGAUAUCCAAACUUCAUGUAGAAAAAAUAAUUCUACUAAAAAGAAAACCUACAUGUCUGAUGAGAUUUGGGAGAAGUUAAAAUACAAAUGGACGGAGGACCCUCAAUUCAAUGCGCGGAGAGAGCAAGCGAAGCUAAAUCGAGCCAAAGGCCUCAGGGUAACGCACACAGGUGGAUCAAUGGAUUAUGAUGAUUUUGUCAGAAAAUUGAAGAAAAAAAAUCCGGAGCAUAGGGAUCCAUCAUUUGUUAAUGUGAUCCGUGCCGAAAAAAUGCACCAUCCCAAGGAAAAAGAUAAAAUGCCAACAUAUAUUGAUGAACAAGCUCAGCAGGGGAAAAUAUAAUUUUUAGGGGAAACUCUGGCGAAUUUUUUAUUGAUAUAUAAUGAUUUUUGAAAAAUUGAAGUACUUAUAAUAUAAUAUUGAUAGUUAU